GCUAUGGCGUUCUCCACAGCCUCCGGUCGAAGAGUGACGAGAAACCUGACCAAUGGGAGCAGCGCCUGGGCCAGCGGGGGCGGGGCCUUUUCCAAAAGGACUCCAAGGUGGCGGUGGCGAAGGCGCAGGCCGUUGGGGCGACUCGGAGGCAGGUGACUAUGAAAGGCUUAUAUUUUCAGAAGAGUUCUACAAAUGAAGAAAUAACAUUUGUAUUUCAAGAAAGGGAAAAUCUUCCUGUUAUAGAAGAUAACUAUGUGAAACUUCAAGUUAAAGCUUGUGCUCUGAGCCAGAUAAAUACGAAGCUUCUGGCAGAAAUGAAGAUGGAGAAAGAAUUUUUUCCUGUUGGGAGAGAAAUUGCUGGAAUUGUGUUAGAUGUUGGAAGCAAGGUAUCAUUCUUUCAACCAGAUGAUGAAGUCGUCGGAAUUCUGCCCCUGGAUUCUGAAGGCCCUGGACUCUGUGAAGUUGUUAGAGUUCACGAGCAUUACUUGGCUAUGGAGCCAAACACAUGUCUUCCUUUGAAAGAUAAAGCUCACUUUCAAAUACCAUGCUGUGAAAAAUAUAUCCUUGGGCCUUAUUUCACCUAUUCUUUUGAGAACCUUGCACUUGGUAUGAUAGCUAUUCAGUUAGCACACCACAGAGGAGCCAAAGUGAUUUCAACAGCAGGCAGCCUCGAAGACAAGCAAUGCCUCGAAAGACUUAGGCCUUCUAUAGCCCGAGUCAUCGAUGUUUCUAAUGGGAAAGCCCACGUUGCUGAAAGCUGUUUAGAAGAAACAGGAGGCCUGGGAGUAGAUAUUGUCCUAGAUGCUGGAGUGAGAUUAUAUAGUAAAGAUGAUGAACCAGCUGUAAAAUUACAACUACUACCACAUAAACAUGACAUCAUCACACUUCUUGGUGUUGGAGGCCAUUGGGUAACAACAGAAGAAAACCUGCAGUUGGAUCCUCCAGAUAGCCAUUGCCUUUUCCUCAAGGGAGCAACGGUGGCUUUCCUUAAUGAUGAAGUUUGGAAUUUAUCAAAUGUGCAACAGGGAAAGUAUCUUUGUAUCUUAAAAGAUGUGAUGGAGAAGUUAUCAACUGGAGUCUUUAGGCCUCAGUUGGAUGAACCCAUUCCAUUAUAUGAGGCGAAAGUUUCCAUGGAAGUUGUUCAGAAAAAUCAAGGAAGAAAAAAGCAAGUUGUUCAAUUUUAAUUUUCUUUGUCAGACCGCAGUUGGAUAAACCCCUUCCAGUACUUGAAGCCAGAGUUUCCUUGGGAAUUUUUCAAAAAGUCAAGGAAGAUAAAAGCAAAUUGUCCAGUUUUCCUGCUAUGAGUCAAGAUGCUCAAAGUUUUUAAGAAGUAUUUGAAACAUUAUUGUACAAAGUGUCAAUUCCGUAAUUAACAUUUAAAGGGAAUAUUCUGAAAAUCUUUUCUGCUUGUUUCUAUACAUUUGCCUCUGUUAUAAAAUUCUUCCCGUGAAGAAAAUUGCUUUCAGGAAAA